AUGUCUACUAAUUGUGGUGCCUCUGUAAAGGAUGUUAGAAAAUUAGAAAUACCUAAAUGGGUAGAUCUAGUAAAAACAGGUCCGUAUAAAGAGUUGGCACCCUAUGAUCCGGAUUGGUUUUAUAUCAGAGCUGCUUCUGUUGCUCGCCAUAUUUAUUUACACUCCAGUGUUGGUGUUGGUGCAUUGAAAAAGCUUCAUGUGGUCGCAAACGUAGAGUGA